GGAUCCGACGACGGAGCUGUGAAAAUCUGACUGUUUUUUUCGUUUUACACUUAUAUUAGAAACCAUGUACAAUAGAGAAAUCAUUAGUUUUUAAUAAAAAAGUCUGUGGUUCCUGUUAUUUUUGUUUAAUAUCUAAGAAGAAAUAAAAAAGAGGCAAAAUGUUGGGGAGUAAAUUACGUUCGUGGAUGGAUAUCGUUAGACACAGAAAGAAGCAACAAAGGAAGGAUAAACCGAAACACAAUUGUCCGGUUUCAAAACAAGCUCCUAUUUUAAAAUCGGAUAAAUCAUUUUCGUCGGAAAAUGAAAUUUUGGAUGAAGAUGUAAAGAAAUCAUCAAAUAUUGUAAACAGUUCCGUUAGGUAUUCCGGCACGAACUUGUCUUCCCCCGAAUCAGCAUAUUCCACAGGUUAUUCUACAGAUGGAACAUCUCCAGGUGCUCCACCAGAAUAUUAUAUUAAUAUUAGAACAGGUACGCGAUAUUUUUCAUCUGGCACAGAAAAAGAACCCCCAAGAACCCAAAACAAUAACAUAUCAUUGGUUCCUAAAGAAUCGGCCAAAGCUGUUUUGGUGCAAACGCCGAAACAUCAAAAGUCUGUUGAAAAUGAUUAUUAUUCAACAUUAGCCGUUAGAGUAAACGGCGACUGUACAACUGUUUCCAUGACCCAAGAUUAUAACCGGUGCAAAAAUCAACAAACCAAAGUCGCCCUACAUAAUAAUUUACCAUCGGUUCCUCGAGUCGCUGAAGUUAUCGUCAAUUCGAGCAUUACAUCCCCGAGGCAAAGAAACCGCAUCAGAACAAAUCCAUGGCUUCCAGGAUCAAAUUUAAGUCCUUGCAAAAUUAACCCAAACCCACAUUCCACUUCAAAAGUUCAUGUUGCUAAUAAUAAUUCCCCACAUUAUUACGAUAAUUCAACAUUAAGAAGUCCCAUAAAUAAACCUCGGCAAAGAAAAGGUUCAACAUCAUCAACUUGUUCUUCGUUGAGCGCGUCAAGUUUGAAUUGGAGUGGAAACCUACGAAGGAAACCAUCUGAUAGUGAAGAAGAUUGCACCUUAAAUGAAAUGAUGGGGAAAUACGAUGAGAGUUACAUUUACGAGAAAGAAACUGACAUUUUAAGUGAUAGCGAUCCAACGGAUUGCGACACUGACAUAGAUACGGGGCAAGAUGGCGGAGAUGAAGAAGAACCUCUCGAACGAGAAUUUGAUUUUAUCGACAACAGCUCGUUUCUGGAGUUCAACAUGAAAGAUGAUCGAAAUACAGGUCAUUGCACUUAUUAUAACUUUGAAACGCAUAGGAAGUUGUCGAAAAGGAGAACUUCACGGAAAAGUAAACAAGAAUUACCUGGAACUUGUAGGCAAAACAGAAGAAGGUCGUCGUCUUCGAAGAAACGGCAGAAAAAUGAUGUUAAAUCAGAAAAUGGGCAGUUUGAUGGCAGUAGAAGUGCAGGCGCAACUCCGAUUUCCAGCCGAAAAACAAAACAGCACCCUAUAUCAAAACUAGCAAUCGAAGAUCAUCUAAAAAGGCGGUCCAAUUCGGUAUCUUUAACUCGAGAUCCAGUAAAUACAUUCGACCAAAGAGACAAAGAAGCCGAUCGAAAAUACAAAGAGCUCAUUGUUGAAGCAGAACAUAUUCUUAUGAGCAUGAAGCAAAGCGGUUCAUCACCCAGAAGACUUCCUGGUCCAGCAAACAAACGCGUCGAACUGCUCAAAACCGAAUCAGCAAAGGCAGAAAUGUUGAAGAUGAAACAGCCAGUUGACGAUGGCUCGAAAAUUCCGUCCAGCAAUUUUAUCAGGCACAGUCCCAAAAGGAACCACAUCACUAAUUUUAUCAACAGCAACGUACCAGUUACCAUGAAAAAGCAAGAUGAGAUAUAUUCACCUGGCACGAAGAAGAAGCAAUACAAGCAAGGAUCAAGAAGUCCUAAAUACAAAAGACGAUCCAGGAAAAUUGUUGAAAGUAACAGUUCCGAUGAAGAAAUCCAAAAAAAAAGUUUAACCGUUCGAAACACUGAAAACAACGCAUUUUGUUGCCCACAAAGCGAACCGGUUAAAAGAAAAGUUUAUCAUCAAUCAAAAACUGUUGCUUUUAAUUUAAAUUACGAAAGCAUUUGCAAUUUAGAAUCUCGAAGGCCUAACGAAAGAAGAAAUAGUACAGAUAAUUUACGCCAACAAGUCCUAUUGAAUACAAUAACAAACUUGAAACGGAGUUUGGAGAAUCAAUCGGCCUCUUUAAAACAAGUUUACAACAGCUCGCAGAACGUGAGGUUGUAAAAAUAUUUUUCUACAGCGUUUGUUGACUAUUUGUUAAUGCGAGUGUUAAGCGUAAAAAAGAUAAGAACAAAUAUCAAAAAGAAAAAAAAAAUCUGAAAAGUAGGGUCGUUAUUUUUGUAAGCGAUUUUCGUUUUGUGUCUUCCUAAGCUAAGAAGUUAUUAAAAAAAUUGGUGAAUAACGACUCUUUAAGGUCUCUAAAAAAGAAACAAAAAGAAUGUUAAAACGUUAGGAAUUAAUUUUAUUCGUUUUUAUUUAACUAAACGUGUGUAGAAUCGUAGAUCCGAAUGUUUGGUUAUUUAUUUAAAAUACUCGUACUGAUAUUAGGAGGCUAAUUUAUACGGAUUUAGUGCAAUGUAGUUCAUAUAGCAACGUUUAGAUAGUGGACAACCGUAGUCUCGUCAAAAUUGAGAAUUAUUAAUUAAUGGGAAAUUAUUGUUAAAGGUCUCGUCCAACUUUUUAAUUGUGAAAGGUACUCUAGCAAAUUCAUUUUGUUAACAAUAAUUUUCUAAUAAUACCUUUUUAUAUUGAAACAGACUGAUUAGGUCGUAUUAAAACAUCAUUUUGUUUUAUUCAAUUCUAACUUUCCGUCAAAUCUUGUGAAACAAACACAAAAUAUUGUUAUUUGUUUACCCAAUCAAGUUAAAUAAACUAUUGACAAGUU